UUAGUAAAACAAAAGUGUAAUUUACUUCUAGGGUUCCUCUUUCAGCACGCAUAAACACUCCUGAUUUCUGUUCAACCCUACUACUCUCUCGCUCUCUCAUCUCCACAGUCGAUUUCGUCGCCGUCUUCUCUAGGAUUCUACUGUUGCCUCCGCUGCUGAACAUUUUGGACUUUGCCCUCGACCGUCGGCGGGAGUUUCUGUCACAAACCAAGGAGUCCUUUUAUUCAAGUGGGGAAGAUGAGGCCGAGUGUAAAGAGGUCGAAGAAAGCAAGACUUUCUAGUAGUGAUUCUGAAGACAUAAGUGACCGGGAAAACCAUAGGGUGGAAGGUGAGGGUAAAGAUUAUGAGUAUGAGGAUGAUGAGCUAGAGGAUAACAUAACUGACGAAGAAGAUGAAAGGGAUAGUGAGGAAUAUGAUGAAGAAAUUACCGGGGAGGGUGAUGAAGGAAAUACCGAGGAAGAUGAAGAAGGGAAUGACAGAGAAACUGAAAGUGGUGGUGAACCUGAUGAUGGACAUAUAAAUGCUGAGAUGGAAGAACUUGAGAAAGAGUAUAUGGAUCUUCGUUCAGAAGAGCAGAAUAUAUUGAAGAACCUAAAGCGUAAUACGGAUGAAGAUGCUGUCAAAGGUCAAGCGGUGAAGAACCAGAAGGCUCUUUGGGAUAAAACUCUGGAGUUCAGAUUCUUACUGCAGAAGGCAUUUGCAAGUUCAAAUAGAUUGCCACUGGAGCCUGUCAAGUUAUCUUUUUGUUCAACGGACGGAAAUGUAUCUACAGCAUAUGCAGAUCUAAUUACUUCAUCUAAGAAGACUUUAGAUUCCCUCUUGGAGUUGCAAGAGGCUUUGCUCGAGAAGAAUCCCUCCAUUGAUCAGCAAGUAGAUGCUAAUUCAAAUCGUAUCAAUAAAUCUGAUUCUGAAGACACUGAUGAAUGGCAGAGGAUAUCUGACUUGCAAAAGAGAAUAUCUUCUUUCCGAGAUAAGGCAGUGGACAAAUGGCAGAGAAGAUCACAAGUCACAACGGGCGCAGCUGCUAUUAAAGGAAAGCUCCAUGCUUUCAACCAGAACAUUAGUGAACAGGUUGCUUCGCACAUGAGGGAUCCGAGUAGAAUGAUUAAACAGAUGCAACAAAUAAGAUCUACUGUUGCUGUUUUUGGAACUGUACCUGGAGAAGCAGCACAUCCAAACCAGGAGGAAACAAAACUUGAGGGAGAUCCUGAACUUCUGGAGGAUACUGAAUUCUACCAGCAGUUGCUGAAGGAAUUCUUCGAGACGAUCGACCCAGCAUCGUCAGAGGCGGCGUUUUAUGCUCUGAAGAAAUUUCAGACAAAGAAGAGGAAAGCAGUGGAUAGGAGGGCAUCAAAGAGCCGAAAGAUCAGGUAUAAUGUGCAUGAGAAGAUUGUUAACUUCAUGGCUCCACGUCCCAUGAAGCUACUUCCGAACACUGCCGACCUGCUGAAGAACCUGUUUGGUCUCAAAACAGCCAGAAACGGUCUUUCUUCUUAAGCAUCGUAAACAUUUAUUUUAUAAACAUUUGGUAAAGCAAGUUUUUGUAUUGCGUGUCGUCAACAGAUUCAAUCGUCCAUUUUUUUUUAAAUUUGGCAAAUGGAUAAUUAAAAAGGUCAUUAUUUUCACAUUUAA